AUGGAUCUGAAGAAGCAAAAGGUCACCAAUGGAUGGGAAAACAGGAGGAUAGAGAUACUACCCAGAGAUGGAAACACUUGUGGAGGAUUACCUCUGGGAGUCUUAGACUUUGACUUGGAUUGCUUUUCAAAAGCUUCAAGAGCUAAAUAUAAGAAGAACUGUUCUCCUGAUUUUGUGUCCCUGGUGAAUCGAAUCCUUAAACUACACCAAGCCCCAUCUGUUGAUAAGUUCAUUGUUCGCUGCGAUGAAGUUCCGUGGGAUUCUUCUUCUUCUUCAGACUGUAUUGCUGAUUGGGUUCAGUUUGCAAUCCAACAGGAUGUGCGAGUUAUUGAGUGGAAUUUGGACACUGAAUAUUUCUCUAGUUUCCGCUUUCCUGACUUAGAGAAAUUUUUGUCAGUCGCAAGGGUAAGGAAAAUUCUCUCAUUAACGUCUCUCACACUGUCCUGGAUUAGCAUCGAGCAAGAUAUGAUGGAAUUUCUUUUAUCCAACUCUCCAAUUCUUCAACAUCUCAAACUCGAUAAUCUUCGUGGUCCGACCAGUCUCAAUAUUAAGGCUUGUCCAUCUCCCAAUUCUCUGGUUGUGUCUUGCUGUUUUUCUUUGUCGAAGAUAUCUAUUUCGGCACCAGAGCUUUUCUCUUUUCAUUUCACUGGAGUCCUGUACGAACGUCUAAUUGCAAGAGGAGCAAAGAUUGAUUAUGAGAAUGUGACUUGCUGUCUGAGGUCAGGUAUAGUUCAGCAGUUCGGAUACAUCGCUAUCUUCAAACGGUAUUUCAAAUGUCGCAACCAAUUGAAAAAGCUCGUCCUGCGCCUGAAUACCCAUGGUUUCAAAGCAGCUGAUCCGCACGGUUAUCAAAGCUUUAGGGCCAAAGAACUUCUUAAAACUUACCGCCAUGAACAUCUUAGGGUGGUGAAGCUGAUUAAUUCGGGUUUAUAUGGAACUGAGUUUAGGUUUGUGUUGUACUUGCUUCAAAUGGCUACAUCAGUUGAAAAGGUUGUUAUCAAACCUGGACGUGGAGACUCUUGUUGCAACAGAUAUACCACGUGUGGGGAAUGA